GCGCGGUGCAUUGUGGGACGGAAGCGUCCUUUCCUGCACAUAGGGGUCCGGCGGCUCCGGCGACCGCGCGCCAGCUGAGGCGGGAGAGAAGAGCGAGGAGCGUGAGCGAGCGCGAGGCACAGAGACGGGGAGACAGUGAACGGAAGCGGGCAGGACAGAGUGGGACAAGAGCGGGACGCGGAGCACAGAUAUGGCCCAAGAGGACCUGAUGAGCACCGCCGAGGACGUGGCCGACCAGUUCCUGCGAGUGACCAAGCAGUAUCUGCCUCACUUGGCACGCCUGUGCCUGAUCAGCACUUUCCUGGAGGAUGGCAUCCGCAUGUGGUUCCAAUGGAACGAGCAGAAGGAGUACAUCGAGGCCACCUGGGGAUGCGGCUACUUCCUGGCAACUUGCUUCGUGCUUCUGAAUCUCCUAGGGCAGCUUGGUGGCUGUGUUCUUGUCCUCAGCAGGAACUUUGUACAGCAUGCUUGCUUUGGUCUGUUUGGAAUUAUAGCGCUACAGACUGUCGCCUACAGCAUCUUAUGGGACCUUAAGUUUUUGAUGAGGAACAUGGCCCUGGGUGGUGGGCUGCUGCUCCUGUUGGCAGAGUCACGCUCUGAGGGGAAGAGCAUGUUCGCAGGGGUGCCGUCUAUGGGCGAGAGUUCACCCAAACAGUACAUGCAGUUGGGGGGACGUGUGCUGCUGGUGCUCAUGUUCAUGACCUUGCUGCACUUGGAUGCCAGCUUUUUCUCUAUCCUGCAGAACAUGGUGGGCACAGCCCUCAUCAUCCUGGUGGCUAUUGGUUUUAAGACCAAGCUGGCAGCCCUCACGUUGGUCGUGUGGCUCUUUGCCAUCAACGUCUACUUCAAUGCCUUCUGGACAGUCCCAGCGUACAAGCCCAUGCAUGACUUCCUCAAGUACGAUUUCUUCCAGACCAUGUCAGUGAUAGGGGGGCUGCUGCUUGUGGUAGCGCUGGGGCCGGGAGGUGUCUCCAUGGAUGAGAAGAAGAAGGAGUGGUGAGCCAGGAUGCCCUACCUACUCAAGGGGACAAAUGACCCUCCCCCCCAGACUCCACUCAGCAUUAAUGACCACAGCUGCAGUACUUGUUCAGUUUCUCACCCGCUCAUCUUUGAACUUGUUCCUUUAGGCAGUCUCAUCAGUUUACUUUUGUUUUUAUUCUAACAAGAUGGCUUCAACCUUUUUUUUU